AUGAUUCGACACCUUUUUUUGAUCAUCGACUUAUCUCAGGCAAUGUUGGUUCAAGACCUGAGACCAAACCGUCUGAGUUGCACCUUGCGAGCUGCUAAAGAUUUUGUACGGGACUACUUUGAUCAGAACCCCAUAAGUCAGUUGGGAAUAAUCAUUACUUCGGACCGGCGAGCGGAACGCCUCACCGAACUGUCAGGCAAUCCUCGAUGCCAUUUAGCCGCGCUGGAAAAUUUGCACAACUACACUUGUGUUGGUGAGCCCACUCUACAAAAUGCGCUGCUCCUCGCUGAAUCUCGAUUGAAGUAUGUUCCCCAUCAUAACGAGGUGAUUGUCAUUAUGGCAAAUAUGACAACAUGUGAUCCAGGCGACAUCCACCAGACUAUUGCCACUUUGUCCGCCAACCGGAUUCGUUGCUCCGUCAUCUCACUAGCGGUCGAAGUAUUCGUCUACAGAGCAUUGGCCCAACUUACUCACGGUACCUUUCAUGUUGUUCUCGAUUACCUGCAUCUGAAAACGUUGUUGAGUGGAUUCGUCCCCCCUCCCGUUGCCUCGGUUGAAUCCGACGCCACUCUCAUACGUAUGGGAUUUCCUCAUUCGAACACUGUUGAUGUGGACGCCUUCUCCGUCAAGCGGUGCAUGUGUCACCUAAAAUCUCAGAACACACAAGCAGACUCGAACGCACAGACGCCAAGUCGCCCUCAAUACGCAUGUCCCCGUUGUCGUGCUGUUUGUUGUGAGCUACCGAUGGAAUGCACAGUUUGCGGUCUCACACUGGUAGCCGCUCCGCACUUGGCUCGCGCGUAUCACCAUCUAUUUCCCCUGGACGCUUUCGAAAUUACGAGCGUGUCCCAACUGGCUCCCGAAGGUGAACGGUUAUAUUGCUCCGGAUGCGACGUUGAACUGCAUGGUUCCAUCCCGAUCUCGUGCUGCUCAAAAUGCCGUUCCGCGUUCUGCAAUUUUUGUGAUGCCAUCCUGCACGAUUCGGUUCACUCCUGUCCCGUUUGUGUCUCAAAGACGUUGCAAUAG